AUGGACGGCGGCCCAAUCAUCCACUUCAAGGACGCGGUCCCCUACAACCUGCCAAACUCGAGCGAAAUCAUCGGGCGCUGCGAAAAUGACAAACCCAUUGUCAUCUGCCGCCGCGAUGGCUUCCAGCUGAUUUACAAUGGCCAGGAUGAGCGGACGCCGUCUCCCAACCCAGCAACCAAGAACGCCGGUUGA